AGGCAGUCAGACCCGGGAGACCUGGGAGGGAGGCGGGAAUUAAGCUGAAGGGUCAAGUCCAGCCAGCAGUUUUCAAGAUCUGAGCAGACCACAGGAGGCGCCACCAAGACAUCUCUGCAGCGCUUGGUGGCCAGGGAGGAGCGAGCAUCAAUCUCCGCUGCGGGUCUCAGUCACUGCUGCUCCAGCCUGCACGUCUCUGUCCUCGCGCAGGGCGCUCAGGCUUCUUAGCCUUCGCCUGCGCUGUCAGCUUUUCUCUGCCUGCGGUCAACCAUGGAUGUCAAUUCCCGGCUUUCUGUGCAAAGCCAUGUGGGUAGUUGAACCAAACUCUGCUACCUGCCUUUCUGCUGCCCUGCCGGUCAAGAGACACUGCCAAGAAUCCAGCAACGUGGAAUCACCACUGAUGCAUGAAGGUUCAGAGCCACAGCAGGUCACCAGCAGUGCAGCAGGCAACCUGGCUGGCUCCAUCACGGCCUGUAAAAAGGUUCUUCGAAGCAAUAGCUUGCUGGAGUCCACAGACUACUGGCUGCAGAACCAGAGGACGCCUUGCCAGAUUGGGUUUGUGGAAGAUGAGUCAGAAAACUGUGCUUCUGUCUGCUUUGUGAACCUGGAUGUCAACAAAGAUGCCUGCAUCACAGAGAACCUGCAGCAGAAACUGGUCAAUGUUUCACCGGACCUUCCAAACCUCAUCAGCUCCAUGAAUGUCCAACAGCCGAAAGAAAAUGAAAUUGUCCUCCUAAGUGGGUUAGCCUCUGGAAACCUCCAGGCAGAUUUUGAUGUUUCACAGUGUCCUUGGCUACCAGAUAUCUGCUUGGUCCAGUGUGCAAGAGGGAACAGACCAAACAGUACCAACUGCAUCAUCUUUGAGAUCAACAAGUUCUUAAUUGGUCUGGAAGUGGUGCAGGAGCGUCAGCUCCACCUGGAGACGAACGUGUUGAAGCUGGAGGAUGAUACAAACUGUUCUCUGUCUUCAAUUGAAGAAGAUUUCCUUACAGCCUCCGAGCAUUUGGAGGAAGAAAUCGAGGUGGACGACUGCAGAAGUGGUUUGGAAAAUACAAAUGUGUCAGCUAAUGUUUUGGAAAGUAAAAAGCCAAAGGAAACUACCCAGGAAGGAUGGGAUUACCACAAGGAAAAGUUGCAUUGUGCUUUAGGGGAAAAACACAUUAGAAAACACCGUAUGCCCUCCACAAAAACAGAAGGGUCAAAGGAAACUACAGAAGAGAACACGGCCUUGAAAAGUCUCAACCCUUUAGUCAGGCCAUCACACCUGAAAAGUGAAGUGGCGGGGAACAAGCAGCUGGCCACAAACUACUCCUACCCAGAAAAUAUCAAAGGGGAACUAGAAACAUCUCAAAUGCUGUUCAUUCCUAGAGAUGCCUAUCUCUCCAUGGUUAAGAAAGAUGUACUUUCUUCGUGUAGUGUACUCACUGAACAGGGAAGCAACCUCAGAGACCAUGACGUUACUCCAAACUCUCUUCCUCCCGUUCAAAAUGGAGAAGCCACCACCGGAGAGUAUGCUACAAACUUAGCAGAAUCUGUAAUGCAAGAUGCCUUCAUCCGAUUGUCUCAGUCACAACCCACACUCCCCCAGGAAUCUGCAGUCAGUUUCUCUAUGGGAAGUGCUCUCCUUCCCAGUGGCUGUUGCACAAAAGAUAUGGUGGUCCCUCGUUCAUGGAAUGAACUACCCAAAAUUGUCAUUGUGCAGAGCCCAGAUGGCAGUGACACAGCCCCUGAGCCAAAUGUCUCCUCCUGGCCUGACAUGGAAUUGUCUGUUGAAACCUCGGGCAUCUUUUCUGCAGACAGUUCCAGUAGACCCACUCAGAGUGCCCUAGAAGUUGCAUUGGCUUGUGCAGCCACUGUGAUUGGAACCAUUUCCAGUCCACAGGCCACAGAAAGAUUCACCAUGGAACAAGAAUCCCUGGUAUCUACCUAUGCCCAGAGAGGCAGUGGGGUACAGCAAACUCAAGUGCCCCAAGUAUUCAUGGCACCUUCUACAACCGAGUAUUCCUUCCCAUCAGCUCUGUGUGGCAUGACACAAGUGGCAAGUGCUGUCGCUGUCUGUGGCUUAUGUGAAAGAGAAGAGGUGACAUGUCCUGUAGCUCCAAGUGACCUCUUGCCUACCUCUGGGGCUUCUGAAGAAAUAUCCUCCAUCGGAAGUUUAGUGAUGGAGAAGAGCACAGAGCUGGGGAAGGAAGCCAUUGCAGGGGCUCUGCUCAGAGAGGCUACUCUGAUUUUAGCAAGGCCAGAUGCUUACAGCAGCCUUGGUGAGCUCUUGGAAUCUGUGAACCAGAGAAUCAUAGAAACUACUUCUAAAACCCAGACCCUGUGCACAGAAAGUGUUCAAAGGAAUGGACUGGCACACACCUUGUCCGAUGUCAUCCUCAAGCACUCAGUGGAUGAACUUCACCAGAAAACUACAAUGGCUCACCCCACUGAUGAAAGGCAUCCCUGUGGAACUUUGGACACCUUGAUGGAAAGUGUGAACCAGCUGCUGCACAAUGUGAUCUGCUUCACAUUCAAAAAGAUGAAUCACAUUUUAACACUCGGUGAGCAUCCCUCAUUUGAUCAGGCUGCUGGUCAAGCCUGGGUAAAAGCCUCCACAUGCCCCAGCAGCCAGCCUCUUAGCAAUGCACACGGUACUGGCCUUGUCAUCAGGAAUCUUGUAGAGGAUGCAUCUCCUAAGUCAAACAAGGGCGGAGCAAGGCCAGAACAGGUCAACAACCCCAGGUUGCAAUCUGAGUUCUCCUGCAGUCAUAGAAUUCUUGAUUCAACUGCUAAGUCAUUCCCCAAGGAAAUAUAUCUGAAAGGGAUUAUGGGAGAGGAUACCAGAAACCCUCAUCAUACACUAAAUUAUGACAGCAAUGAACGAAGAGCCUCUACAGACCUAGGAAAAUUGACAACAGCAAGUGAGGGUUGUAGUGGUUUCCAGGAAACUGAAGACAGCAUUGUUCCAAACACCCAAGAGAAAUACAUCUGUGCCACACCCCUAAACAAUGAAGCUCAAGUUAACCUAUCCUUAUUAGGUGAUGACCUGGCUGUUCCUGUUCAGUCUACUCUAGAGGCAAAGCAGUCCGAGGUCUAUGGCAUCACAGACUUUGCGGAAGAAUUGGCAGAGACUGUUGUCUCCAUGGCAACCGAAAUUGCAGCAAUCUGCCUUGACAACUCCAAUGGCAAACAGCCCUGGUUUUGUGCUUGGAAAAGAGGGAACGAGUUUUUGACGACGCCUAACGGAUCCUGCCGAUCCUUGAAGAGGAAGAAGGAAAACUCAAGCGCCGGAAGCACCGUGAGGAAACACAAGCCACCUCGCCUCAGUGAAAUCAAGAGAAAAGCUGAUGAGCACCCAGAGCUGAAAGAGAAGCUAAUGAACAGAGUCAUGGAUGAGUCCAUGAACCUCGAAGACAUCCCUGAUUCCGUCAGUACCUUUGCCAAUGAAGUGGCAGCCAAGAUCAUGAACCUCACAGAGUUUUCCAUGGUGGAUGGGGUGUGGCAAGGCCAGAGUUGUUCCCGGACUCGGCUUCUGGGUGGCGAUAGGUGGAACCGGCUGAAGGCCUCAAGCUGUGAGAGCAUUCCUGAGGAGGACUCUGAAGCCAGGGUCUUUGUAAAUAGCCUGGGUUUGACGAGUACCUUAAGCCAGCCAGUUAGCAGGGCCAGCUCCGUCUCCAAACAGUCCAGCUGUGAGAGCAUCACCGAUGAGUUUUCCAGGUUCAUGGUGAAACAGAUGGAAAAUGAAGGGAGAGGGUUUGAGUUGCUGCUGGAUUACUACGCAGGCAAAAAUGCCAGCAGUAUCAUGAACUCAGCAAUGCAGCAGGCAUGCCAGAAAAAUGACCACCUCAACGUGAGACCGAGCUGCCCCUCUAAGCAAUCCAGCACAGAGAGCAUAACAGAGGAGUUCUAUAGGUACAUGUUAAGGGACAUCGCGAAAGAAAGCAAAGAUGGUGCCUCCUCCAGACGAAGCAGCCAUGAUUGGACCACGGGCUUGCUGUCUCCUUCUGCACGAUCCCCUCUGUGUUACAGACAGUCAUCUAUGCCUGACAGCAGGUCGCCAUGCUCCAGACUAACAGUAAAUGCGCCUGUCAAAGCCAACUCCUUAGAUGGCUUUGCCCAAAACUGCCCUCAAGAUUCUGUAAAUGUACAGCCAGUCAGUAGGGCUUCCUCAUCUGGCCUCUGCAAAUCAGAUUCCUGCUUGUAUCGCAGAAGUGGGACUGACCAGAUCACAAACAUGCUAAUUCAUGAAACAUGGGCGAGCUCCAUUGAGGCUCUCAUGAGAAAGAACAAAAUCAUUGCUGAUGAUAGCGAGGCAGCUAAUGCCAGUCCUGGCCCUGUUUCCAGUGGUUCUCCUUUGCAAGUAGAGAAGAAUGCCAACAGAUUAGCCACCAGCAAAGGACACAGGGGGCCAACUCUGCUUGUACAGGAAUCUGUUGAUUACCAGAGAAAAGAUGCUGUUACUGAAGGCAAUCACUCCCCAGUGUCAUCUCCAAGCAAAACAGCUCCUGUUAAAAAACCCAGUGGUUUUGAUCCUAGACGAGAAACCUCUGCGUGCCCCAGUGCUGCUGGUCUCAGCCCUAGGCGGUCACUCUGCUCAAGGGAUGUGCCUUUGAUUCAAAUAGAGACAGAUCAGAAAGAAGAGUGCAUUGGAGAACCGGGACCUUUCCUUUCCCAAAGUGUCUCCCUAGAGGAAGCACAAGGGCACCAACCUGAAGAAACCAUCCCAGAUGUGGCCAGAAAUGAAGACACAGCCCCGAGCACCUGUGAGAGCUCUCGUGACAGCCUUGAGACCAGUGGGGAAGUAGAAGUGGAGGUCUUGAAAGAGGACAUACCCCGAGAUGAGUCCCGGAACCCUCCUAGCAGCAGCGAGGAGAGUACAGGCAGCUGGUCCCAGCUGGCCAAUGAGGAGGACAUCCCAGAUGACACAAGCAGCUUUCUGCAGCUCAGCGAGCGGUCCAUGAGCAAUGGCAACAGUAGUGGCACUAGCAGUCUUGGCAUUAUGGACCUGGACAUUUAUCAGGAAAGCAUACCGUCUUCUCCCAUGAUUAAUGAAUUAGUAGAAGAGAAGGAGAGUCUUAAAGAACAAUCAGAAAGCAUAAAGGAACAUGCCUCUGGACCGCCAGGGAGGGCUGCCAGCCCCCAGAGGAGCCUACUGGUGAUCAACUUUGACCUGGAGCCAGAGUGUCCUGAUGCUGAGCUUCGAGCCACUCUGCAGUGGAUAGCUGCCUCCGAACUGGGGAUCCCAACAAUCUACUUUAAGAAAUCUCAGGAAAGCAGAAUUGAAAAGUUUCUAGAUGUUGUGAAGCUUGUUCAUCAGAAGUCCUGGAAGGUGGGAGAUAUAUUUCACGCGGUUGUCCAGUACUGCAAACUGCAUGCAGAGCAGAAGGAGAGGACUCCGAGUCUCUUUGACUGGCUUCUGGAACUUGGAUAAUCAGGCGUACCCCUCAAAGAAUUUCCCUCCUCUAUCCCAGCUUAGGUCACAGUGGUUUGCGCUAAAUGCUCUGAAACUUUCUCAAUACACAGCAUCCCAUUAGCAGAACUAUUUAAAAAUCUGCUCCAGUACCAUGUACAAGGAAUGAAUUUGAAAUAUAGUCUGUACUAAUCAAUAUCACCAUGGGCGUGCCCAAAGGGCUUGUAUGAGAAUGAUUUCAAAAAGAGAUACUUCAGUGAAGCCCAAACAGGAAAGUGUAUAACAAGCCCAGCCUCCAGGAAAGCUACACUCACAUAUACGUCACAAUAGAGAGUGAGCUAUAUCUCCAGAUAUAUGAAUCAAAUAGAAACAAAGUCAUUGGGUCACAGUAAUUCUAUAAAUUAUGCUAAAACCUUCAUUGUACUUUGCUUAAUGGAUACAGGGGUUGUCCAUCUAAGGAAAUACUUAGGAUAUAACAAGUUUCCAUGUCUUUUUGUGAAGGAUUUCCACUCUCAGACCAGUAACACAUGCAAAAGUGUUAUCAAAAUCCAUGUGAGGUGAUUUCCUUUAUUUGCAGACACCAAUAAGUAUUGCACCCCUUGCACUCAGGGACCUCAAAUGUCCCUGAGCCCCUCAAAAACUGAUGUCAUUCAGUGGGGGAAAGGAGGCUCAAGGUUGGCUUUUUCCAUCGCUACAUCUAUUGCUUGGAUAAAAUUAUUAUGGGAUUCUUGCCUAAAGGCAAGCUUUUAAACAUAAACAGUAAAAUAAAUAAUAGCCUUUUGAGGAAAAUAAUAUGCUUGUGUAUUGAAUUAUAUAAGAAAAACUAUUUGUUUUAUUGUAAAUUAUGAAAAGACUAUUAUUGAGUUGUUUUAGAGCUUCAUAAACUAUGAAGAGAUUGUUGUCUUAACUUUUAGAGUGUCAUGAACCAUUGGUGACUGAUUGUACUAUGUACGUGUUAGCAUCUGUAUAGUGGACAUGUUUUUCCAAAGAUAUUUAUAAUGCUGGAAUCAGGGUAAUGGCCUUGUGCUUGAAAAGGCCAGCUAGAGAUGCGGACUUUCUGGCUGGGUGAUAUUGACACUAAAUUAGAGAAAUAGAAGCCUUUAACCUUUUUUAUUAUUUAUUUAUAGCAGAGAUGUACUCUUUUGAAAACUCAGAGUAUAUAUGACACUAAAAGUCUUCUUUCCCUUUCAACUAACUAUGCGACAUCCACUUUUAUUUUCUCAUUCAGAAAGAUGUUUAGUAUGUAUCUUCUGAAAUACUAUGCUUUUACUCUGUUUUUAAAGCUUAUAGAAUGACUUUAAAUGUGAGCCAGGCCCCAGACUAUCAAUGUCAAUCUUGCUGGGCUAUCAAUCACAUCCUAAGACCAUUAAAAAAAAAAAAGCUUCCUGGCAAGCCACAACCUCCUUACCCCAUGGCAGAAAUCUUUUUCAGACCUCAGUGGGCAUUCAUCACGCAGAUGGUCCAGAUUUAGGUGUGCGUUCAAUCUGACAAAUUACCUGGGCUUUGAAACCUACCCAUCUUCUCAGAUAGAACUGUGUGUGCUUCUUUGUGCUAGUACAUGAGAAAAAAAAAAAAAGAUUUUUAUUGUUUUGACAAUCCCAGCAUAUUGUGUGUAAACUCUUGUUGUGCUCGAAUUAAUGUUUACUUAUCCUCCAAAGCACAAAUACUGGAUGUAAACAUGUGUUGUACCUAAUGUUGCAAACUAAUAAAUAAAUUUCUGUUGCAAAA